AUCUCUUGGGCCAGGUGUGCACAAAGGUUGGCGAUGCUGGAGCUGCAUUGGAGCGUUCAUUAGCACAGACAGCCAGUUCACAUCCAGCCUCCCCUGUCUCUUUGUUUCUUUUUUUGGGUAGAAUUUUGCUGGCUGUAAUUAUUCAGCUCAUGAGGACCUUUGCAAGGAGCACUCCCGACUUCCAGAGCUCGGCGCAUCAUUUGGCACAACAGAACUCCUCAUUAGCACUGUGAGCAGCGGGCUGUGCUCCAGCAUCCCUGGCUGCAGGACCACCUCUGCAAGUGCAGGAGGAACCUCCAGAUGCUCUGAUGUCUGCUGUGUGUGAAGCUCCCAACACCUGUGCUUGGCGGAUGCACGGCUGUUAGCGGGAAGCCCCGGUAAGAGAAUGAGUGAAAGGGACGUACAAAGCUUGAGCAGAUGGGUUUUAGUGCUCACUCUCUGCCUUACCACACUAUGGGGAAGACUGACGCUGGCCUCCACCCACCACAGAAGCCAUUCAGCACACGUGGAGCCCGGCACCUGCGAGGUCAUCGCAGCACACAGGUGCUGCAAUAAGAACAAGAUAGAGGAGCGCUCCCAGACCGUGAAGUGCUCCUGCUUCCCAGGGCAGGUGGCAGGCACCACACGGGCAGCCCCCUCCUGUGUGGAUGCCUCCAUCGUGCUGCAGAAGUGGUGGUGCCAGAUGGAGCCCUGCCUCGCUGGGGAGGAGUGCAAGGUGCUGCCCGACCUCUCAGGCUGGAGUUGCAGCAGUGGCAACAAAGUGAAGACCACCAAGGUCACCCGGUAGCUCCUGCAGCCUGGAGUCAGCCCUGAUGACAUCGCAGUGCUGGAUGGGAUGGGAUGGUGCCAGCACUGCUGCAAUGCCUCACAGCUCCACAGCCCCGUGAUGCACCCUGCAGCCAAGAAACGGGCUCGUUUUCCCAUCCUCUGAAAUAAAAUGCUCCGAUUGUUGAAAGUUAUGGAGACAGACAGACAGCAGAGCUUUAUUCCCAGCUAAAACAGCGAAGGUCAGUGCUGUGGGAGUUGCACAGAUAGCCUUGCUGCCUCUCUCUCCCUGACCUGGAAGCAGACCCUGCUCAGCACUGCCCACAGUGGCGGUACCGGGGCGGUCCAACACCUCCUCGGGCUCCGGAGAUGGCAAAACAUUUCCACAGAGCACACUGUUGGUUCUUCCUUCCUGUGUAAUUGCAUUAACGAGGCGGCGAGUUUAAUGCCUGUUCCUACAGAGCCAGUCCCAGGCACCACACUGCAGCUCGUGUUUGCAUCGAAUUUCAGAAUAAAGAGGAGGAUUCCAGUGCUGGACACGUGCAGGCUCUGCAGCCCUGGGCUGAAUGUGGCAUUAAGGAAGCAGGCACCGUGCCCCCGAAUGUGCUCUGUCCCCUCUCUGCAGCUGGAGGGGAGGUGGGGGCCCACGGACCCGGCGUGGAGGUGCUCCCGUUCUGGGGUAUGCAAUGCUGCUGCAGACUGAUGUACAUAGCAGACUGUGAAAUAUUAAA